UUUGGCUCAAAGAAUCAAGGAGACUUUAUAAUUUAACUAAGAACAUAACUGGAGAGGAGAUUGUUUUAGUAGAUGCUGAUGAUUUAGUUCAAGAACCAGAGAAAAUUUUGAAAAAAUAUUGUGAGAUGGUCAACGUAGAGUUUAAGAAAGAAAUGCUUGAAUGGAAAGAAAAAAGAUUGAAAAUAUGGGAUUUAAAAUUGUCAGGUCCAGAUAUAGAUUAUUUGAAUGUAAUGCAAAGUAUAGGAUUUGACAAAUCAAUCAAUAAUGAUGAAAAAAUUGAAUAUCCUCAACAUGUUUAUGACUUAAUUGCUAAAAGCAAACCUCAUUAUGAAUACUUGUUUCAACAUAGAAUUAAGAUUUAG